AUGGGUGUUCGAACGUUUUUCAAGAAGAGGUCACUCAAAGUAUCUGACGACAGAGUGACUAAAGCCGCGGAUCUUAGCUUACGGGAGUCUAUCUGGCUCAUUGCACUUGUUACGGUCUUGUUCUUCCUCUGGGGCUUUAGCUAUGGCCUCAUGGACACUCUGAACAAGCAUUUUCAGGUGACUUUGCAUAUCGAUAGAGCCAGGUCUGCUGGACUGCAAGCUGCCUACUUUGGUGCCUACCCGCUUGCUUCUCUUGGCCAUGCCGCGUGGAUUUUACGACACUAUUCUUACAAGGCCGUUUUCAUCUGGGGACUGAGUCUCUAUGCUAUUGGCGCCCUGAUUGCCAUUCCCUGUAUUAAAGCAAAAUCUUUUGGAGGUUUUUGUGCAGCAAUUUUCAUCAUUGGUAAUGGUUUGGGGUCUCUUGAGACUGCCGCCAACCCGUUCAUCACUGUAGUCUGCGGCCCUCCCAAGUAUGCGGAAAUGCGGAUCAACAUGUCGCAAGCUUUCAACGGCAUCGGCUCAGUCGUUGCACCCGUUCUAGGUUCUUAUGUCUUCUUCAACUUUGACGACCAGAAGGCAUUGGCAAACGUGCAGUGGGUGUAUCUGUCUAUCGCGGUAUUCGUCUUACUUCUCGCCACCUUGUUCCUCUUCUCGAACAUCCCUGAGAUUACGGAUGCUGAUAUGGCCCAACAAGCCGAGUCCUCCAAUUCAGAUACACACGACAAGCCGUUAAGCAAGCAGUACCGACUGUUUCACGCCUCAUUUGCACAGUUCUGUUACUGCGGAGCUCAGGUGGCCAUUGCAAGUAUGUUUAUCAACUAUGCAACCGAAACAAGAAAGAACACCAGCGAUUCCACCGGCUCCAAACUCUUUGCCGGUGCACAGGCUGCGUUUGCUGUUGGUCGCUUCUUUGGCGUCUUGCUUAUGAAGUAUUUCAAGCCUCGUCAUACCGGUACUCCGCUUGUUCCUCGAUUACAAUUCUCCUCUCUGUUCUGCUGCUCUCUGCAGUCUCCCGUGGUUUUAGUAGCAUUACCAGCGAACUAG